AUGUCGGAAGCGCUUGUUAUCUUCCUUUUCCUACUAUUUGCGCUUCUCAUGCUGGCGUUUGUCUGCUAUCUUGGUGCGGACACAUGCUGUGGACGGGAAUUGCUUGCGUCUCUGAAUAUUCCGAUUAUAAGCCGAUGGGCGGCACAGCGAUCUUCACGUUACGGAGAACUCGAUGACAGCGAGGGCAUGAACUGGCAAAGAAGCGAUGAUGACUGGUUUGAGAUGCGAUCACAGAUGCGAACUGCCAUGGCGCCCGAGCCAUUGAGAAGCGACUGGGAGCGGGAUCUUCAAGGGGAGCUGUGGAUGAAGGGUUGA